GUGCGCGCUUUUAACAGUUCGCGCGGCCGUUUGGCGCAGUGCGAACAAUCCGCACGCGCUCUCUCCGCCCUCUCUCCCUCCGCGCGCGCCGGCGGGUCGGUGCCGCGAGCAUCUUCCCACUCACUCCCUCACUCCCUCACUCAUCGCCAUAACAACCGGCUCGGUCCUCGUCGUGUCCUCCGUUCCCGUUGCCGCUUCUCUGGAGGAGCGCGCACACGCGCUCGCGCGGACAGAUAAAGCCCCCCCCCCCCUCUAUGAGUGGGUUACGUCAAAGCCGUUUAAAGCCGUUGCAGGUGUGCGGCGGCGGGAAGCGCGCGCGUGUCUCUCUCUCUCCGUAACAGGCGUUAGGAGAGAAGGAGGGCGGUGGGGGUCUCUGUUCGGUCCCGUCUAUCCGCAUCGUGUCUCUGUACAGCAGCAGGAAGUGUAACUCGAACCGUGGGAAAGCGGCGUGUUCUCCUCCGGGGAUCCAAGAAAAAGCUACAGCCGCCGCCGUCCGUCCGUCCGUCCGCGGUCCUCCCUCCCCCGGUUCCGCCACCAUGGCUCGGGAGAACGGAGAGUCGGGCAAAGACUCGUGGAAGAAGCAAGUGGACGACAUCAAGAAAAUAUUCGAGUUCAAGGAGAUCCUCGGAACAGGUGCGUUCUCAGAGGUGGUCUUGGCUCAGGAGAGAUCUACAGGGAAGAUGUUUGCAGUGAAGUGCAUCCCUAAAAAGGCCCUGAAGGGGAAGGAGAGCAGUAUUGAGAAUGAGAUCGCUGUGCUCCGCAAAAUCAAGCAUGAGAAUAUCGUGGCCCUGGAAGAUAUCUAUGAAAGCUCUGAUCAUCUUUACCUAAUAAUGCAACUAGUUUCAGGAGGGGAGCUGUUUGACCGUAUAGUGGAGAAAGGAUUCUACACAGAGAAAGAUGCCAGCACACUCAUCAGACAAGUACUGGAUGCAGUGAACUACCUUCACAGCAUGGGCAUCGUACACAGAGACCUGAAGCCAGAGAAUCUUCUGUAUUUUAACCCUCACGACGGCUCAAAGAUCAUGAUCAGUGACUUCGGCCUAUCAAAGAUGGAGGGCACAGGUGACGUUAUGUCCACUGCCUGUGGCACACCAGGAUAUGUGGCUCCUGAGGUGCUUGCUCAGAAGCCUUACAGUAAAGCAGUUGACUGCUGGUCAAUUGGAGUAAUUGCCUACAUCCUGUUGUGUGGUUACCCUCCAUUCUACGAUGAAAAUGACUCCAAACUCUUUGAACAGAUCUUAAAAGCUGACUAUGAGUUUGAUGCACCUUACUGGGAUGAUAUCUCUGACUCAGCCAAGGACUUCAUCGGCAGUCUGAUGGAGAAGGACCCUGCUAAACGCUUUACCUGUGAGCAGGCCCUCCGCCAUCCAUGGAUUGCUGGAGACACUGCUCUCUGCAAGAACAUCCAUGAGUCCGUCAGUCGUCAAAUGCGUAAAAACUUUGCGAAAAGCAAGUGGAGGCAAGCCUUCAAUGCCACGGCAGUGGUGAGGCACAUGAGACGGCUUCAGUUGGGCAGCAGUAUGGGCAGCAGCAUGGACGCUGGUCACACGGGCAGUGCUGCCCAGAGCCGAGGGCAGGCAGCAAAGUUGACAGCAAGUCCAUCACCAAACCAAACCCAAACCCCAACCCCAGCUUCAGCCAUCAGCCAAAACCAGAAACCUGCUCAGAGCCAGAACCAGUAUCACAUUAACAACAUGUCUACAGAGUCACCCCCUAUACCACGAAAAGAGUGCACAGCUCCUCCCCACACUUCCUGUUCUCUGGCAUCCGCAGCUUCCUCUCAGGCUCCAGGGGCGGAGCCCUGCAGGCCACACCCCUCUUCAGUUGCUUCGGUGAGCACUGUGUUAACUGGGACCAAGUGACGCCAGGUUCUGCGGGGAGAGAGCUGGGAGGCCACUGCCCUUUAAGCCCGCCCCUCAGCCCGCCCCCCGCCCUGCCAUUAGGAUAGGCAGAGGACUCACCCGCCCACCAAAUCGCCAUAAUAACCACUGAGAGACUCAAUGCCGCACGCCGCUCAAUGCACACCACAACUCGUCCUGCCAUUUGACCUCCAAGGCCACCAGGGGGCACAACGCAUGUGGAGGCAGGACGAGCAGGUGUAGCUGGAGAUUUUUUGAAGACGUGGUCGGACAGGACUGAGAAGGAAGCUUGUUAUGAAUGUGCUACGAAUCACAGCAGCCAUUUACCCUUCAGAAAGGACUUCGAACGAACUUCAGAGGAAUGUGUGAGGUGGAGUGUGUCUGCCUUUAGCACCAGGCAGAAUUAAUGUCAAACUGCUGUUCUUACAUCUAUAGCUCUUCCCUCCUUUCCCUCCAUUUUCUCUCUUUUUCCUCUUCACUCCUCUCAGCACUUCCUAUAGAAUGUUGUUCGACUUGACUCAGAGGGGUUUUGCAUCUUUAUUUCUAGAGUUUCUAGUCUUUCAAUUAUUCGUCUUGCUGACCUGCAGAAGUGCUUUAUAAAUCAUGUUAGACUGUUUGGAGCCAUUAUCUGGGUCUGAGUUUAAUGUGUUUGCACAUGGGAGCUCCACAGCCACUGGCUGAGUAACUGUUGCCCUGCAGUGUUUGAUGGAGAGAUGAGAUUGUUAAGGGUUUAUAACCUCACCUUUGGGUCAUCGAGUCAGCUCAUCUAUUAAAACACGCAGUAUGUUCUGUUUUCACUCUUAAACCGUGACAGUACAGUGCAAAUGACUUGAGUCAUAUUCUGAUGUGAGGUGUACUUCUCGAAUCUUUCCCUCAAGUAUGAUUUUUUUCAAUUUUAUUUAGUACUCCCAAAUAGUGAUUACUGAAAAUGAAUUGUUACACACUUUGAUGCACACACACUCACAAUUAUAUUCAAACACACACUCGCACACAGGCAAAUUGCUUGAAAAGCCAUUGCAGCAUCUCUUCAAACCCAGUGUACGAGUUCUCAGGGAAUUCCACAGCUGCACUGGGCAUUAGGUUCAUAUCCAUAGCAGCCCUUCCAUUGCCUCGGGACAGGACAGCCAGGCCUGAGCAUUUGAUGGGGAAAUAGAAAAUAGAUUUUACAAUAAAUUAGAUCUUCAGCACCGUCCACCAGUGUACCAAGCUGUGUCAGUUAACUCUAUCAGAGGUCCCGAGUCAGGCUAAUUGUAAUGAUUGUAUAACCUUUUGCUGUGGCCAGUGGGCACAUAUCAUGUAAAUAUGUCAAGAGGCUACAGAGAGUAUAGCAUAAAUGAAAACAGACGUGUAUCUAGUACAAAUUCAGAUGAGUUGAACUUCACCUUAAAGCUAAGGGCUAAGUUAUGGCUUAACCACUUCCUUAGAGAAGGCUUUUAGAGAGACCUGUGACUUCAUGCUCUGGAUGGAUGUGUUCUAGUGUGUGGUUCUCAUUGUCAGUAACUGAUUCUGAGUUUCUAGCCUAGCCUCCUGCAGCCUUUAUACCGUAUUGCUAUUGCAGGAGCAGAUUCACGUGCAGAGAAAGAAGGGUGUGUCACGUUCUCCUAAGUGCCAUCGGAAUCUUCAUGCAAUUUCCAUCAAUGUCUUUUAUGAAUGUCUUUUCCAUAAUGUAGUCGAAGUCACUGUCAAACCACUGUAACACCAUUUUUAUCUUGGUCUUCAUUUGCUGUUGAAAGGUGUUUGAGCUUCUUGGCAGCUUCUGUCAUGGCUACAGCUCAUUCAUCUUGUCAUGCUAAGUCGUUGCGCUCAUCAGAGAUUUCAGAAGUUCCCGUGUUUGCAGUCGGCUGAGAGUAAACCUGUAGCACCCAGUGACCGUUUAUCUGUGCAUUACUGUUGAGUGUUUUUAUAUUGUCGGUUAGCCAGGGACAGACAUGGAGCUCUCCGAGUCUGUCUCUGUCUUUGUUUCUAUUAUGGUAUUUGUGUAUAUGUGUGUGUGUCUGUCUAAAUGUGUAAAUGUGGAGUGAUUGAUGUGUAAUUAACACCUGUCAAAAAGUCCAUCCAAGCUCCAGCCCUUAGAACAUAGAGAGAGCAUAAUCGUCCUCGCUCUCUUUGGGUGGGUAGGGUGUCUCUCAUUCUCCCCCCAUCACCCCCCCCUUUUCCUCUAAACGCAUUGAGCUCUUAUGAUGCGGCGUUGAAGAUGGCGUGACGCUUCACAUGACUUGGAGAAAGUACCUGCUAGUUUUGAGGGCCCUGUGUCAUCUUGUAGAAAAUUUUGAGUGGAAAAUUUUCAAACCAAUCCAAUGCCUCAAGCUCCAGGCAGAGAUCCAAGUAUGGAGCAAUGGUGCACUCGUCAAUAUUGUUUCUAGUCUUUCAAUUAUUCGUCUUGCUGACCUGCAGAAGUGCUUUAUAAAUCAUGUUAGACUGUUUGGAGCCAUUAUCUGGGUCUGAGUUUAAUGUGUUUGCACAUGGGAGCUCCACAGCUACUAGCUGUGGUCCUGCAGUGUUUGAUGGAGAGAUGAGAUUGUUAAGGGUUUAUAACCUCACCUUUGGGUCAUAAAGUCAGCUCAUCUAUUAAAACACGCAAUACGUUCUGUUUUCCUUCUAAAACCAUGACGGUACAGUGCAAAUGACGGGAGUCAUAUAUUGUCUGACAAGCCUGCCGUUAGCCCAUGGAUGUUAUGUUAGUUUGGCUGUUUGUAGAUCGUAGCUGUGUCCCAAUUAAUGGGCGAGUUCUUCGAAGGCUGCAUAGACCCGUGAAAGCUGAACCAAAAGGGGGUUGUCUGCUCUACCGUGGAUUUCCUGUUUGCAUCACAGCACCACUGUUACCACCCUUGCCACUGCAUCACAAAAUGCUGCUUCUGUCAAGUUCUUUUAAAGUUAUUAAAAGAUGGAGCCAGGACCUUGAUUUUAUUUAUUUUUUUUAUAUAGUGCACCACAGUCUUAUAAAUCUGCUCCUUCCUCCCUAAAACAAAACAAAACGUUAGCGUAAAUUUUGCUUCAGACCACAUUGGCAUUUUUAACAUUUGUGUCGCUAUUCAACUCCUUUAAAAGUGUUUCCUCAACCAUCCGCCUCUCCGCUGACGCCGCCAUGUUCUGGAUUCUUCGCCACCCCACAUUGGACAUCAGGAUAUGUUGGCUGGUGAGGGUUUGGAUCCCAUUGGAUCAUUUGUUGCCAUGGAAAAGGACAACACAUUUCUUGGCCGGUAGAUGAAAGGGACUUUGAAAUGGGACAACCUAGUCGGCCUUCAAAUGCAGCCUCUGAAGGAUGCAGUCCCUGAAUUGGGACACAGCCCAUGUUACAUUUUGCUGCAAUCUAGCACCAAAACCUCAACAGAUGUGUAUCAUAACGAGAGCAUCUGGGGAUAACCAUGAGACAUCCAAGGCCUCAAUCUCCAUGGGGAGCUCCAAGUAGGUGGCGAGGAACACUGUACGACAGACUGCAAGUCUGUGGUCAGCCUAUGGAUGUAACACAAGUCCCCUCAAAAAAGUUUCAAUUAAGCAUGUAGCUUGAAUUAAGCAUGUGCAUAUGUGCAGAGAAGCACAUGACAUGCAGUAAAAACUUUUACCUCUAGUGAGGGACAACAGUUCCAUUAACUAAUGAUAGCGUUUUGCUAGCUAGCUUGUGUCCGUUUGCAGUCCAGACAUUAAAAGAGCAAGGAUUAGAGCAGUUUGCACGUGGAUUUAGAGAUGACUAAGAGAGCCUAAUUGGCCUCGCUUUCUCUGGGCAGUUAGUGUUCUCCUCCAAGCAUGUUGAACUGUCCAAUGAUGUUAUGUGCAUAGCAGUUUAAAAGGGUGGAGGAAGCAUAAGUUAGCUUUCAUCGUGUGAAUGGGGGAGAGGGACCCAGAUACUGGGUGGAAUUGGCAAUGAUUAAUUUGGGGAGAAAAAUCUAAUCAUAAUGGCCAUGACACGUCUGAAAGGAUGAAAUCGUGGUAAAAGAGUGCCAUUAAAUGUGAUGCUGACAGGAAUUUGUCCAGUUUCUCUAUCAGUAGUGCACACAAAAACACACAUCUCCAUUAUCCAUGAUGGACACACACACACAACCCCAGCUCCACCACCACUUAGUGUGGAUGAUAUGAUGAUAGCAAUGUAGAGAACUGAGUUUAUGCCUAAUCUGUAUCAUUAUUUCUUGUGUUUGCUUUUACUGUGGUCUUCUAGUGUGUUAAUGUCCAGAGUUUUCACUCUGUUGGUCCAAAGGUUUUGUAAAUAGUGUACUGCAGGCUAAUCGUUCUGUUGUUUCUGUGAGGAGAAUGUGCUGAUGAUGAGGGUGUGUGUGUGUGUGUGUGUGUGAGCACUCAUGCAUGUGUAUGUGUGUAUGUGGUCUUUGGAAUGUUUAACUAAUCAAACAUGUAUGUUAUCCUGUCCUAAAAACACUGCCUUUUUCUGGAGCUCUGCAGUGUACAUGUAUGUUUUAACAACUGUCUGAUAUUCAGUAACUAUCUCUCUCCCUCUCCCUCUCUCUCUCUCUCUCUCUCUCUCUCUCUCGCUCUCCCUCUCUCUCACAGUCUCCCUCCCUCUCUCUCUCACUCUCCCUCUUUCCCUCUCCUUCU